GCGCCGCCGCCAUCUUGAGAGUGUCGCCUGUACUGCUCAACCCGCUCUAACGCCAGUCAAGGCACGUAGAGCACAUUUCUUGAGAAAAAGGCGUUUGACAUAUAUUGAUGGAUUUAUAUAAAUAAGACACAAAAGAUAAACUACAAUUUAAAUUCAUCUAUCAACAACUAGCUGAUGAUGGUAGGGGCGCUUCCUACACAGCGCCACCUGUCGCUGGUCUGGUGCCGGUACUUCAGUGUCCAUUUGGCCCAUCGACUGCAGAGUAGCUCCACAGGAAGGAACCAAGGCUGUUCAGAAAGAAGUUUUGCGGCUGUAAGACUUAUCACAGAACGAGGGGCCUCACUCUGGUUCAGUCGAUUUCUACAUGUUCAGGGAAUCAUGAUAUGGGGAUGGAAAAGCUGGGACCUGCCAGGACGGGCUGGAAGGUCUGAAUUGCCUUGUCCUGCUCCCAAUUCUUCAGUUCACGAGCUGCAGACACCCAGCAACGAGGAGAGUACUCCACCCUGUCAGGACUACUGAACAAUGAAGGAGGUGACUAGAGGACCCCAGAAGCAGUGACCUGGCAUGUCCCAGGACCACAGCCUGAUGUAGAUGAGAUUCCCAGUCACUCUUUGCUGCUUCAGGAUGAGUCUUUCCAGGUGGGCAGGAAUUCUGUUCCUCCUGCUCUGCUUGUUCACCGUCUUCUGGUGCCACAGGAAGGAAGCAAGGCUGUGCAGAAAGAAUUCUUGCGGCUGUGAGACUUGUAUCGCGGAACAACGAGUCUCACUCUGGUUUGACAAGAGGUUUAAUUCAACUAUUCAGCCACUACUGACCAGUGAUAACCAGGACAUCCCCCACGAUAUUCUCCUGUGGUGGUUGAAGCUGCAGCUGAGAAAACCGACAUUGGCCUUGGCUCACCACCAGCUCUUCCAGAGGGGGAUCAAGUCCAAGCCAGUGCAGAGGAUGAACUCCUGUCGCUGUCAGACCUGUGCAGUUGUGGGCAACUCCGGGAAUCUCAAUGGAUCAAACUACGGGAAGUUAAUUGACUCACAUGGCUUUGUUUUCAGGAUGAACAAGGCCAAGACUCAGGGAUAUGAGACCGAUGUCGGCAGCAAAACUACCCAUUACCUGAUGUACCCAGAGAGCGCAAGGAGCCUGGAGCCCCAUGUCCAACUGGUGCUCGUCCCAUUUAAGCCUCGGGAUCUCCAGUGGUUGAAGAAUGCCCCAUGGUCACAGAAACUCAUCCAUGUCAAUUGGAACAAGGCUGCCAUCCUGCACCCUGGCUUCCUGCACUAUGUGCAUAAGUUGUGGACGGAAGGUCACGGCCAUUACCCGUCCACCGGUCUCCUUGCCCUCGUCCUUGGCCUACACCUGUGUGACCAGCUCUCGGUGUUUGGCUACGGAAUGGACGCCCGGGGCAAUUGGCACCACUACUGGGAGAAGAAUCGCCAGGCUGGAGCCUUCCACUUCACUGGCGUGCACGAUGCCAUCUUCGAGUCUGGUGUCAUCUGGCAGCUAGCCAGGGUUGGGAAAGUCCAGCUGUACAGAGGCCGGCCCUGACCCCACCCCACCCACCCC